CUUCGAACACUUGUUGUUAUAGCUCGAACAACGCAUUCCAUUAGGAACGCCUUUUUUCGCAACAACAACCACCACAAAAACCACCAUGAUUGAUUUGAUCGAUUGAUUUCGAUUGUUGGUGGUGGUGUAUUGUCUCAAGAAUUUUUCGUUCAGCAUUUUUUCCUUAUUCAAUGAUGUGCAAGUAUUGAUCUUUUUAUGGAAUUCUUUUGAAAAUUAUUCGAUGAAAUAAUGGAUCAUCGAAUAUUACAAUUAUGGUUUUUCUUCAUACCAUUCAUCAUUUUAAUACAAAUAUCAUUCAUAAAAAAUGAUGAUGAUUAUUAUUCAAUGUUAACAACAGAAAAUCAUUUAGAUAAUGAUCAUUAUGGUUAUGUAAGUGAUCAAUGUGAUUGGUCUGGAUCAAAAUCAUCAUUACUAUCAAAAUCAACAUUAGAUGAUAAUAAUGGUAAACGUUUAGUAAUGCCAAUAUAUCUUCGUUGUUCACGUGGACAAAUAAAAUGGUUUUAUCCAAAUGGUGGUCUACGUGUUGUAUUGAAAUUAGGUACCGAUGAUCGUCGUAAUUUUCGUGGCUGUAUUCGUAUUGCCCGAAAUACAAGCCGUAAUGUUCGUAUCUAUAUUGAAGGUAAACGACAAUUAUUACAGAUAUUUGCUGCCGAUGAUGGUCAACAUCCUGAUCGUUUUCGUUGUUUUGUUUCGGUCAAUCAUUUUAUUGCCUUAUUCAUUGAUUCAUCAAUUAUUGAUUCAAAUUUAUUGCUCAAAUAUGUAAAUGAUCCUGUGAUUUUUCAAUAUGAUCUCGAAGAAAUCGUAUCUUCAUCAUCUAAAACAUCAAAUCAAUCAAUUAUUAUUGAUGAUGAUGAUGAUCCACAAUGUUUAACAACAUUAACCGAACAAUGUACAGAUGAUAAAAUUUUAGAUUUAUAUUGUCGUGCUGAUUUUGUUCUAACUGGACGUAUUAUUUACUAUCAAGAACGUAUUGAUCUAAAUCUAAUUGAAUAUCGUAUACAACCAUUAUAUAUUCAUCGUAUACCAUAUGGACAAAAUAAUACAAUAAUUCUUAGCGAUAUGGAUACAAAUAAUUCUACACAACAAUCAUUAAUAUUGAAUCGACCGAUCUGUCCAAAUCGAUCAUCACCGACAUCAAUAAUGAUCGAUAAUAUUCGACAAUUAUUCGUUGGAAAACAAAUUCUUGGUAAAUAUUUUAUUGAAUGUUCAAUCGGUUUAGAUAAAUGGAAACGAUUAAGUUCACAUGCACGAUCGAAUCGAAUAAAUAAAUGUGCCAUAUAAUAGAUUUUUAAAAAAAAAAUAGUAUCGAUUUUUUUGUGCAAUUCGAAUCGAAUAUUCGUCCAUCACAACCG